AUGCCCCAGAGACCAGCCCAUCGGGCCCAUCCAGUGUCUCCUCUCGCUCUGAGCGCUCGAGCAGCCCAACUUCUGCUUAUCCUUGGAGGUCCGGGCAUCUUACCAUUUCUACAUUGUGUGGACUAUGUGGUGGAGAAUAGCUCACAUGAUCAAAGUGUUCGGGAGACUAUCAAUGGCGAUCUCUUUGCAGGUCGUGGUGCCAUCAAUCGAGCGUUUAUUGAAGAUGGUCUGAAAUCGAAAGCCAUUGACAAAGAGACUUCGGGAAACUUUGGUGACAUUACCACCACGGAAGGAUUCUUGCGAUCCAUCCAGCUUGUCCUCCAGGUCAAGGAAGGGGGGCUGAUCACAGCAGGUCCUCCCUGCGGGAGUUUCAUAUUUUUGAAUAUGUUCACUUCUGGGAGAACAAAGUGGUCACCACUGGGCAACAAGAGAGGCUAUGUGGUGGAAGCGAACGUGAUAACAACACGACUAUGCCUCUUACUCUUAUUGGCAUUUGUUCGAUUGGUGCUGAUAGCAGUGGAGCAACCUCUCAGCACAUUGAUGCAAGAGUUCCCAUAUUUCAAAUGGCUGGCCGGCAUUGUGAAGCACUUCAUUCCAUGGCUCUCAACGUCAUUUAGUAUGGCGAUCUUUGGCCAUGCAAACAUGAAGCCAACGGUGGUAUUUGGAGAUUGUCCUUGGUCCUACCGCUUGUACAAGAAGGUUACACCAGCUAUCCGAAAACGGGUGAAGAAGUCCAAGAAGACUGUUCGCAAAUAUUCCAAAAAUGGCCGAACCAGAGUGAGUGGAAUUGCUUCAGUGCUUCGCAAGUCACAAGUGUACCCGAUUGGGUUUGGGCGUGCAGUCCGAGACCACCAUAUGAAAUGGAUGAAAUCACCGGGCAGCGUGGAGACGAUUCGUCGGGCUCUCUAUCGGCCUGAAGGUGGUUUGAACAUCGACCCAAGCUGGAAGCCCAUGAAGGCCCCAUAUCGGUGGCGUCAUGCUCGUCUCUCAGAGCUGACGGACUUUCUCAAUAGUGAGAAGAAAGCGGGACGUUAUCACCCAUUGAUUCAAGAAGGCCUUGAUUGA